AUGACCAACCAGAAUCUCAAUAAAAUAACGCAGUUUUACGUGAAUGUCACGAGCGAAAUUUAUGAAAUGAACGAAGUAAUUCGAAUGGUGUUACGCAUUUCACGUAACUUGUUAACUCGUCAUGAAACGUGUCAAUUAUGCAAGGACGCUCGAUCUUCUUUUUCUACGUGGAUUUGUGGAUAUUUGACAAGUGGCAGAAAAUUUAAGCUAGUGUGGAUUUCAUUUUGCAGCCAUACAAUGCAUGAUGAAGGACACAGUGCUUCAUCGUUUGCCAUUACUGUUGUGUUUUGGCGGUCCUGGAUUAACGCGGUAAGCAUUUGCCCUGAAAUGAUGCCUCAGCGUUUGCCAUUACUGUUGUGUUUUGGCGGUUCUGGAUUAAAGCGAGGUACUUCCGAAAUUCGAGUAGAAAAAAUAACCGGAUGUUUGUCCUUAAAAGCUGACGGAGAUAGCCUUGGUCGAGCAACAGCAAUUCCAAGGCAUUUAUUUAGUACCACUCCUUUAUCCUCAACUGCACCACUUGGCACCAGAGCGAGUAUGAUUAAUAGUGAAAACAUCUCUAAUUUAUCAACGCGCUUUUCUGUGGAAGCAACAACGGAUAUCAGUGGAUGUGAAGUGGCUUUAAUUGCUCGAAUAAGUCGAUUCUAA